AUGCGCAGGAGGGAGUUCCGCACAGUGUACCUAACGAACAAGCACCGCCAAUGGCGCAUGUUUUGGAGGUACGAGAGCCACUUGGUCUACGAGCGUGUGAUUAUGGGCUUCGUGGUGGCGUCGGGCCUCUUCCUCAUGUGCAACACGGACUUCGUGGUGUCCAUCUUCCGCCUGCCGACGGAGGACGUCAAUGAACUGCUCAAGCAGGACGUUUGGCGCAAGUAUAGGAAUGAGAUCAAUGAGAGGAAGGAACACGCGAGCAAGAUGCUGGAGGAUUCCAGCUACGUUCAUAACAAGAACAAACCCAUCCCGAGCUGA